CGUGAACUGAAAGUUUGGGGGCGUCUCAAACAUGGCAACAUUCUUCCACUCUGGGGGGUAGUAAAUGACUUUGGGCCCUACUACCCUGCAAUGGUUUGCCCGUGGGCUGAUCAUGGAGCUCUCACGAGCUUUCUUGAGUUUCGACAACAGGUGUUGUCGCUUCUAGAUAAGUUUUUCCUUCUAAAUGACAUUGCCCUUGGACUGCAAUAUCUUCACGGUGAAUCAGUUGUUCAUGGUGACCUGACAGGGUCAAAUGUUUUGAUCUAUGGCAACGGCCGGGCAUGCCUUGCUGAUUUUGGUCUUUCUACUAUCCUCGUGGAGUUUAUCGGUACCUCCUAUUUUACGAACUCUAUUCGAGGGAAUAUCCGAUGGGCAGCUGCAGAGCUAUAUGAGGCACCAGAUAAUGCAUCGCUCAGCACCGAGUGCGAUAUCUACUCAUUUGGCAGUAUCCUAUUGCAGAUAUUGACUUGCAAGGUACCCUACUACUAUUUGAAGAACGACUUGACAGUCUUUGGAGAAAUCAUCAGGGGCAAGAAACCAGAGCCUCCCAGGGACUUGCAAAUAGCGCCUGGACACCGGAGCUUUGUGCAGCGAUGUUGGCUGCCUCGUGCGAGACGUCCAUUGGUCGGAGAAAUCGUGGCGUUUGUAGGACAUGAACUACGAGCCUUGUCAUCCCAGUCUGCUUAA